AAACAACAGGGCAGCAGAUUGGGGGCACAAGCGAAAGAAUUCAGCUGGUUUCUGUUACCCCCCAAAAUGGGAAUCACCAAUUUUUUGGGAAAGAUUUUUCAUUGAAAUAUUGCUUGUAAAGGAUCUUCGGUAUCAUUGCAGAGUGCAUUACGGCCACGUUGGCGAUGCAGAGGCUACCGUACUUGUUCCUCAGACCCCUGCGCUACUCUCAAGCAUUUUACUAUUUCUCUCCAGCGGACAGCCUCGAUCUGGCCGAGCCGCGGGCGCCCCCGCACGCCCCCGCACCUCAGCCGCGCCUCCUGGCGCAGAGCCUUCCGGGAGUUGUAGUCCCGUCUGCCGUCGGCUUGCGCUUACGCAUUUUCUGUGCGCCCGUCACGAACGACAUUGCUCGGCGCGGAUGGAGAGAGGUUGGGCCUGCGGGGUCGUCCGCUCCAUGUUGGGGUCACCCAGACACCCCAGUCUGGAGGGGGCCGUCCUCGCCCGAUCCACAGGCCGUGGCCGAAGGACCCGGGCGAGCGCCGCGGAGUCCGCAGCGAGGACCGAGCCGGCCUGGCGCUUACCCGCCUGGUGGCGGAUCCGCGAGGCGAGGGCAGCGGCGCCGUACGGGGUCGGUCCCUGUUGGAGGAUCGCGGGAGCCGGCCGCGGCGGGAGCGCGCAGCGCUGAUGAGGCCUCUGCCUCCCGCCUCAGGAGGACGCGGCUGAUGGGCGUCGGAGCCGAGGACCUCUGUGGCCGCGGCAGGGAAUGGGUCUGCGCUGCGGGCGGGGCCGCCAGGCGCACACCACGUGCACGAGGGUCCGGACGGCCUCCGUCUGGGUCCCACCUCUCCAGGAACAAGGUGCUUUGUGUGAUCGGAUCAGAAAACUGCAAGGUCAAGAGUGCAUCCUGGGCAGAGGGACCUCUGGCCGGAAACCCUUUCCUGGGGUCCCCAGGGAGAGGCAGCAAAGUCACACAACAGAGCAAGUCCUAGAAUGGUUGUUUGUUUCCCAAGAACAGCUGAAAAUCAACAAGUCCUGGGGACCAUUGUUUGUGGCUGUGUUUGUGGGUUUUACCUGGGAGGAGGAGAAGUUGCUGGACCCCGCUCAGAAGCACCUGUGAGGGAGUGUGAUGCUGGAGAACUAUAGCCUCCUGGUGUCACUAGGUUAUCAACAUGCCAUAGCCAAUGUCAUCUUGCAGCUGGAACGAGGAGAAGACCUGUGGAUGAUGCAGCCCAGAUCCCAAGUCCGGGCAUCCAGUUGUGCUAACGAAGCCUGGGAAAUUGAUGAACAUUUGGAAAAUCAGGACAAACUGAGAAGUGUGGCAAAAAGCCUUGAAUGUACUGCAUUUGGAAAACUAUGUUCUAGUACAGAUUACAUUUAUUCAAGACAAAAUCCUCACAAAAGUGGGCUUAAAAAAAGUUUGAAAGAUAAUAUAGAUUUCACUGCUAAUUAUGAUGGGAAGAAUGCUAAUGGGUUUCCUGUACAUGGAGAAUCAUUCUCCCAUUCUAAACACGAGCAGACUUUUAUUGGAAUAAAAUACUGUGAAAGUAAUGGAUCUGGGAGAACUGUCAAUAAGAAGUCACAACUUACAUGCCAACACAUGUUUAGGGGAGAAAAGCUCUUGGACUGCAGUUACUGCAAGAAAGCAUUCGGCAGCAAGUCACGCCUUCCGGUGCGUCAGCAAGCUCACAGGCAGGAGAAUCCCUGUGACUGCUGUGAGUGUGGGAAAGUCUGCAGCAGGCGAGAUCAGCUCCUUUCACACCAGAGAACUCACCUGGGACAGAAGUCCUGUGGGUGUGAUGAAUGUGGAAAAGCUUUUGAUUUGAAAUCACAGCUUAUUAUACAUCAAAUAAUUCAUUCAGGAGAAAAACCAUAUGAGUGUUGUGAGUGUUGGAAGGCCUUCAGUACAAAGUCAAACCUUAUGGUACAUCAAAGAACCCAUACAAGGGAGAAACCAUAUAGUUGUGGUGAGUGUGGAAAAGCCUUUAUGUUCAAGUCACAGCUUAUUGUACACCAGGGUGUUCAUACAGGAGUAAAGCCCUAUGCGUGUCUUCAGUGUGGAAAAGCAUUCAGUGUGAAGUCACAGCUUGUUAUACAUCAGAGAAGUCACACCGGGGACACACCCUAUGUGUGCAGCGAGUGCAGCAAAGCCUUCAGGAGCAAGUCAUACCUCGUUGUACAGAAGACUCAAACGGGAGAGAAGCUUCACGAAUGCAGUGAUUGUGGGAAAGUCUUUGGUUUUAAUUCACAACUUGUUACACAUCGGAGGAUUCACACAGGAGAGAACCCCUAUGAAUGCCACGAAUGUGGGAGUGCGUUCAGACGUAAAUACCAGCUCAUCUCACAUCAGAGAACUCAUGCAGGGGAAAGGCCUUAUGAAUGUAGUGCCUGUGGGAUAACUUUUGGUUUGAAAUCACAGCUUGCUGUACAUCAGAGAACUCAUACAGGGGAACCGGAUGGGUGUAAUGAAUGUCAGAAGGCCUUUAAUACCAAGUCAAACCUUAGUGUACACCAAAGAACUCACGGGGAGAAACGAUAUGGUUGCAUUCCGUGUGGAAAUGCCUUUACAUUCAAGUCGCAGCUCAUCGUGCAUCAGGGAGCUCACACUGGAGUAAAGCCCUAUGGAUGCAGUCAGUGUGGAAAGCCUUUGUUGAAGUCUCAGCUCGUCGUCCAUCAGAGAAGUCACACGGGAGAAACCAUAUGAUGCAGCGAAUGUGGAAAGGCCCUCAGGAGCAAGUCCUGCCUCAUCAUACCUAAGAGAAUGCACAUGGGAGAGAAACCACACGGAUGCAGUGAGUGUGGGAAAUCCUUCCGUUUCAAUUCACAACUCACUGUGCAUCAGAGAACGCACACAGGAGAGAAUCCCUGUGAAUGCAAUGGAUGUGGGAACGCCUUUAAUAGGAAAGACCAGCUCAUUUCACAUCAGCGAACUCAUGCAGGAGAAAAACCUUUCGGGUGCAGUGAAUGCGGAAAAGCCUUUAGCAGCAGGUUCUACCUCAUCGUACACAUGAGAACACACUCGGGGGAGAAACCGCACGAAUGCAGUCAGUGUGGGAAGACCUUCAUUUGGAGGUCACUACUCGUUGUCCAUGAGUGAACUCAUACAGGGGAAAACCUUUAUAAGUGCAGUCACUGUGAGAAGCCAUUCAGUGGGAAACUACAGCUCCUUGUACACCAGAGGACACACAUGAGGGAGAAACCCCAUGGAUGCAGUGAGUGCCAAAAAGCCUUCCUUAGGAAAUGUCAGCUCAUUGUACAUCAGAGAACUCAUUCAGGAGAGAAACCCUAUGGAUGUAACGAAUGUGGAAAACUCUUUUCUCAGAAAUCAAUCCUUAGUGCAAACCAGAGAACACACACAGGAGAACCCUGUAAAUGCACUGAAUGCGGUGAAGCCUUUUGUUGGAAAUCACAGCUCAUUAUGCGUCAGAAGACUCAUGCAGAUGAGAAACACAUUGAGGACUCACAUGUUAAGAACUUCCUCUCGCAAGUCGUGUCACAGAAGAUGCAAGCAAGAUAGUGUGAAAGAGAAACUGGAGCUGGAAUCACUGCACACUGAACAGAAUACAGAGGCAUUCGCAGCUGGUGUUUACAUACUCACGGGCACACACUCAAAGCAGAAAGUAGAGGAGCUCUGAAUUCAGCCUCCAUAUGAAAGCUUCAGCCAGCAACAAGUCACACUUUUUAAAAACAGUUAUAGAAGUGAGGAAACAUCUGAGUGUAAUGGAUGUUGGUCAUUUUAUUAAUUACAUAAAAAUAACAAAGAGGAAACCAUGGGGUAAAUGAAGAUAUAAUUUACUCCUUUGAAAUUCAUGAUUUAUUAAACGUUAGGAUUUUACUGAGAGCCAGUAAAUGGCAGGAUUAUCAAAAGUGUUAAUUUUUUAAAAAGAUUUUAUUUGAGAGGUAGAGUUACAGACAGAGGGAGAGACAGAGAAAGGUCUUCCAUCUGUUGGUUCACUCCACAGAUGGCUGCAGCUACCAGAACUGGGCUGAUCCGAAGCUGGAAGCCAGGAGCUUCUUCUGGGUCUCCCUCAGGGAUGCAGGAGCCCAAGCACUUGGACCACCUUCCACUCCUUCCCCAGGUGCAUUAGCAUGGAGCUGGAUGGGAAGUGGAGCCGCUGGAACCUAAAUGGUACCCAUGUGGGGUGCGGGUGCCACAGGUGGCGGCUUUACCCACUAUACCACAGUGCCGGCCUCUUGUUAACAUUUUUUUACAGAAGCUCAUAUCUUAGACGACCCAUGUUUAUAUUAUGGAAAUUCUAAAAAUGACAGACUUCCGGCCGGCGCCGCAGCUCACUAGGCUAAUCCUCCACCUAGCGGCGCCGGCACACCAGGUUCUAGUCCCGGUCGGGGCGCCGGAUUCUGUCCUGGUUGCCCCUCUUCCAGGCCAGCUGUCUGCUGUGGCCAGGGAGUGCAGUGGAGGAUGGCCCAGGUGCUUGGGCCCUGCACCCCAUGGGAGACCAGGAUAAGUACCUGGCUCCUGCCAUCGGAUCAGCGCGGAGCGCCGGCCUCAGCGCGCCGGCCGCGGCGGCCAUUGGAGGGUGAACCAACGGCAAAGGAAGACCUUUCUCUCUGUCUCUCUCUCUCACUGUCCACUCUGCCUGUCCAAAAAAAAAAAAAAAGACUUCCAUGGGGAGGAAAAAUAGUAUAUGGAUGGUCUGUGAAUAAAUUAAGUAAUAGUAGAAAGAGUCACUCCGUAAAGUAUCACAAGGUUUACUCUAAAAAUAUGUAUUAUUGUAAUUGGAAAAUUUCCCUCAAAAAUUUCUUUUAGAAAUUAUUUUAAGAUUUUAUUUAUUUGAAAGGAGUUAGAGGGAAGGAGAGACAGAGAAAGGUCUUCCGUUCAUUGAUUCUCCAAAUGGCUGCAACAGCUGGAGCGGAGCCAAUCCGAAUCCAGGAGCUUCUUCUGGGUCUCCCACGUAGCUGCAGGGGUCCAAGCACUUGGGCCACUGCACUGCUUUCCCAGGUGGUAGCAGAGAGUUGGAAGAGGAGCAACCCGAACACGAACCAGCACCUAUGUGGGAUGUCAGCACCACAGGCAGAGGCUUAGCCCACUGUGCCACAGCAUAGGCCGCAUCGGAAGUAUUUUACGGGAAAUUCUGUUCCAAAUUUCCAGAAAAACAUUGGAGAAAAAAUUAAAUGGUAAUAGAGUGUAAUUCUGUUUUUUAGUGUGAAAAAAAUAUGAUCAGGGUACCAAGAAAUAAGUCCUAAGACAGGGAUAUUUAGAUAGCCUUGUGUGUACUAUAUUGUGAAUUUUAUACAGUUUGGCAUUCUGUUGUGAGUGCCAUAGGUGGAAGGCUAAUUAGAUAACAAAUUAUCCUCCCCUAGGGAUUUCCAUCCUGCAUAAUAACAUUUUUUUUUUUCCUAACAUUUUUAAUGCAAUUUUAUGGCUUAUUAAAAGUGAUUUAAGUACUAAUUACCAACAUUUUUGCUAUUAUUUUCUGUCCUCUGUAAGGGGUCCUGUGACAGCCACCUUGUUUGUUACAGAAAUAAACAUAGUGCACAGUUCA